AUGAAAAAUGAUUUAGUUAACUUUAUAGUAGAAGAAGUUAAACAGGUAAAAUACUUCUCUAUAAUUAUGGACUCUACCCCAGAUCUUUCAAAAAUUGAUCAAAUGGCUAUAGUACUCAGAUAUUGUAUUUCAUCUAAAGUUUAUGAGCGAUUGUUUCAUCUAACACCAGUAACUAGUCAUAAAGGAGAGUUCAUUUUUAAUAUCUUAAGUGAAUUUCUGAAAAAUACUGGACUUGAUAUAAAAAAUGUUCGUGGUCAAUCCUAUGACAAUUCCUCCAACAUGAGUGGUAUAUAUGAGGGACUUCAGGCACACGUUAAAAAUCAAAACUCUUUAGCUAUAUAUAUUCCAUGUACAACCCACUCGUUAAAUUUAGUGGGUGUACAUAGUGUAGACUGCUGUGAAGAAGCUGUACAUUUUUUUAGUUUUUUGCAAAUGCUAUAUAAUUUUUUCAGUGGCUCUACUCACAGAUGGUCAAUCUUAACCAAUUCAUUAGAGAAAAAGGAUAAAGAAAGGUUGUUAUUUUUAAAGUCUUUAAGUGACACAAGAUGGGCAUGCCAUUCUGAGGCUUGCCGUGCACUCACUAUUAAUUAUAAAACUAUAUUAACUGUACUUUUUGAAAUAUCUGAUAGCAAAAAUGAAAAUGGGGAUACAAAAUAUAAUGCAAAGGUGUUGUUGAAGAAAAUGUUGAAAAAAGAAACAGGCUAUUUGUGUCUAUUUUGGAAUGACAUAUUACAACACUGUAAUAAAGUAUCAGCUAUUGAUUUACAAAGCAAAAGCAAUGGUAUUUUAAAAGCUGUGAAUUUGUUGAAAAGUUUAAAAAUGUUGUUUCAAGUUUAA